CUAGCUCUUUUAGCAAAUCGGCUAGCCGCUGCGACGCCGCUGCCUUCUGCCGCUACGGUCUGUCGCAUCGGGGACAUUCGACCCUUUUGACUCCCCCGGCCCGCGUAAUCUGUUUUUUAACGUCGGUAACUUAACGUCGGUAAUUUAUCAUGAUAGAAGUUGACUGAACGGCUCGUUAAUUUUAGGUCUUAUCGCUGAUUUUCCAACCGGUUUGGCGGGACUAGAUCGGGUUUAACAAUACGACGGAGCUAAAGGCUAACGAGCAGCUAGCUAGCAGUUUGUUUUUUCGGGGAAGCUAACGCAGCUAGCUCACCGCGGCUGUCAUGGAAGACAAAUCCUUCACUAAAGAGUUAGACCAAUGGAUCGAACAGCUAAACGAGUGUAAGCAGCUAUCGGAAAACCAGGUCCGGACACUCUGCGAAAAGGCCAAGGAGAUUCUGACCAAGGAGUCCAACGUUCAGGAGGUGCGAUGCCCGGUGACGGUGUGCGGCGACGUCCACGGUCAGUUCCACGACCUGAUGGAGCUGUUUAAGAUCGGAGGCAAGUCUCCCGACACCAACUACCUGUUCAUGGGAGACUACGUCGACAGAGGCUACUACUCUGUGGAGACGGUCACGCUGCUCGUCACGCUAAAG